GAAGACACGGUUGAUGCUGUCGGCAUUUGUAAAAGAGGAUUGGAUUUUAGAAUGAAAUCAAGUUACUGGAUUACAACACUGAAGAAAGUAUUCUACCCUCUUCUAGUCAUAAUUGGCAUUCCAUCAAACGUGAUGACAUUAGUGAUCUUCAGUCAAAAAAACUGUUUUAUUUCCACCUCCAGUCGCUACCUCCUCAUGGCUAUGUCAUUGGCUGACACAGUGGUCCUUAUUCUUGUGGUUGGCAUUGAGAUCAUUGUAGAAUGCUUUUGCACAAGUCCAUUCUGGUACAGAGAUCCUUGGUGCACGUUGCGGGAUGUGUUCAACUAUGGUGCAGUUAACACUUCUGUCUGGCUGAUGGUUUCUUUCACCAUUGAGCGUUUCAUUGCAAUCAACAAUAUCAAGCUCAGGAUGAAAAUCUCUUCCCCCAGAAAAACAAUUCAUGUUAUUGUUGUGAUUCAUGUUUGCUGUUAUACUGUGGCCAUCCCUCACUAUUGGUCUAACUAUUCAGAAGUGGAGAAUGGAACGGGACAUGUCAUCUGUAAAUAUAACCCUGAACUCCCCAGUGCAUAUGUGAAGGGACUUGUGUGGUUCCAGACUUCUGUGAUCUACAUUAUUCCUUACAUCAUUAUCUUCACCUUAAACAGCCUCAUUCUAAGGCAGAUAAUUCACAGUAACAAAGUACACAGUGUUACCUGGACAGUCUUGCACAGAAACCCACCUGCAACCCAUUUUCGUAUCUGGAAGAAAUCAAUCAUCCUUUUGGUUACAGUUUCAAUGACAUUUGCCUGUCUCUGCACCACCAGGUUUGUGACUCAAAUCAUCAUAAAAACCACCUACUAUAACAUAGAUAGGCAAGAUUAUUCAAAGACCAUUAAUAUUGUAACAGAUAUUGGGACCAUGCUAGAAAUGACUAACACUGCUAUCAAUAUGUAUCUGUACGCUUGUACCCAGUCUGUUUUCCGAAAAGAGCUUAUCCGAUAUUUGCAGAGUAUACUGUGUUACUGGCAAACAAAACGAAAGCAUCCAAUGGAUGUACUUUCAGUAAUGAGCUAGAUAGGCAGAAGUGGUACUGUUUGGUUGAGCUGCAAAUCACUGGAAGUGUGUGGUGUUUUACUUGCAGAAAUGCUGGACUAUUCCCUUUUAAUGACAAUAAAGCUGCUAAUUCUGCAUUAAAUUCCCUCUGCCAUCAUACCACUAUAAUCAUGCAUUUCCUCAUCCUCUCAGCCUAUUUCCAAACAACAUGAAUACUUUUUUCUAAAUCUAAAUUUAAAUUUUCUUUGAUGUUUAUUGUUCUGGUAGGCCUUAAUUCCACUGCUAUAGAAAAUGUCUAAUCCAGAUUUCAAGUCCACAAAGUGACUUAAGCCUAACAGUCAUUUUUUGUCCCUUAUCCAUAUAUAGCUAUAGCAAGCUAGAUGAUAGUAAAGAAUUUUGUAGAAGGAUCCCUGCUUCUCUUUGUUAAUUGCCUAUUUCUGCUAAAGUUCUUUCCUGCACAUAGAGUAUUGGAAAUAACUGGCCUUAGAAGACUAUAUUUUUUCAUGUGUUUCUUAACUUAAACUUACUUCUCCUUAAGAAUCAAUACCUGCUCAAGCUUCAGAUAAUCCUAGUAGAAAUUUGGAGGAUUCUACUCUGUAACUCUACCUUCAGCUGGAUGUCUUGCCUUAGCUCACUAGAUCUCUUGCUCUCAUUUCCUUGUUCUUGCUCCUAUGAAACCGCAGGCUUCUGCUCUGAGGAUUGGUCACAAGUAUAAAGAGAGCUCUUUGGGCUCCAAGGCAAACUGUCAUAUGCAGCCUCUCAGCGUUAGGCACCAAGUCCUCACUCCCCAGGCUGCAUUUGAGAAGGUUAGGAGAAAGAGAAUAAGAGAGUCACAUUGCCACUUCUUCCUGCUAGCACAGCUUGAGCCUGAUGAGAGUUUGAGAGUUGUCCCACACCUUGAUUGCUUCAAAGUAUAUUUUUCCCCUUUCACCUUCAGACUCAGAGGUGUUAUCCUAGUCUCCUUCCAUUCAGAAAUCUUCCCCCCACCUAAUUCUUGGGAUGCCUAAAAGUUUUUCCCCUCUUAAGCAAACCAUUUCUGCACCAGGGAAAUAUUCUUUUAAUGUGUUUCUUUGAUGAAUCUAGUGGCUGUCUCAGAUUUUGCCCUCCAGGUGUGAAAUGCCUAUUUUCUCUUAUUCCUUCAACAAUCCAGGAGCAGGAGAGGAAAAAUAAUGGCCAGCACAAUCACCAGAGGAAUCACCAAUGCCCACAAGGGUUCUUCUACUUCUAGCAUACAAGGCUGCUGGAACAAUGAAUGACUAAGGAGCAGCAGUGGAGGAGGGGAUAGGAGUGGUCACAACAAUAGUUCUUUCCUUCCUUGCUUCUUUAUUUAUCCUUCUCACUUCAUUGCUC